AUGUUACAAAUAAAUUAUAAAAGAAACAAUUUCAAUAAGGUCCCAUCAUUGAGUUGUAGGUAUGGAUUUGUCAUUUUCAAAUUCAGACAUCUAAAAGGAGGUAUAUUUUAGUAGUAAAAUAAUAUUUAUUUAUUUUAUCUAGUUGUAUUUUAAUUGACAAGAACCUUGAGAAAUUUAUCAAAGAAAGUUCAUCAACUAAAAGCAAAUAGUAGUUUCUGGUUAUGUCUCGGGUUAUAAUUUAUCUGUUAACAACUGUGAUUGAAUAUUCUUCUUCAGCAGCAAAAAAAGAAAGGUAUGGUAUGUAUAUUUUAAAUUAUACCAUUCUAAAAAGUCAGUUCUCUAACAUUAAAGAGAGUACCUUCGUAUUUUUAUUUUACAGAUUGAUAAUUUAAAUUAGGUAUGACAAGAUAUGUUGAAAAACAACUUGUUUUAAAUAAAGGUAUGUAUCUUUUUUUAUUACAUAGAUGCUUGUCUAUAUUAUAUGGAUAGUGAUUGUUGCUGAUUUACCACAAAUCAGUCAAAAUUUCCUUAUAUUUAUUUGCGACAGCAAUUUUGUAAUUGAAUGCUUGAUAUUCACUGGUUUUUGAGUAUACUGUAGAGUGGGCUGUAUGUUAAGUUCAAUGUGAUUGUUUUUAUGAGUUUGGAAGUGAUCAGCAAAAAUUGACUGCUCUUGUAGUAACCAAUAGACAAAUUUGUGACAGACAACUUAAUUUAAAAUUUAAUAUUUACCAUGCAAACUCCAACUUGUGGAGGAUAUUAUGCGUAAGUCGGUUUUCAUAAGAGUUUUCAGAGUUUAAACAUGAUUGAUUGAGUAUAAGCUGUUUAACUAAAAAUCAGUAAACUAAUAUGUCUCAAAUAUUAAUAAUAAUUUAAUAUUGGAUAAAACUAAUAUUAUUAAAUUUAGAUUUAAGUAUUUCAUAUUAUUAUAAUAAAAAUAAUUAUUAUUAGAACAUAAUAAUAUACAUUUUUUUGUAUUAAAUAUUGAUGUACCUAAUUUAUAAUAUAUUUUGUUAAUUUUAUUUUUCUUUAUUCUAAAUUAAUAUUACAUCUUAAUGGGAAAAAUAUUGGAACUGAAUCAAAUAAAAUUUAAAAUACUUAUGAUAUUAUAUUACUUCUUAAUACGCUUGGAAAUAUUAAAUGUUGUAUAUGAGCUAUUUCUUCUUAUGAAUAUUGUGAUAUUAAUAAUUUAUUUGGUCCGAAUUGUAUAAAAAUAUAGACAAUGGUAACAUAAAAAUAUUUAAUAAUAUUACCAACAAAUGUCAAGUUAAUUUAACUACAUUUCUGUGAAUAAUAAUCUAAUCAAAAUAAAUAAGUUUUUUUCUUCUAUAUUCCAGUAGAAUAUAUGUAUGGGAUAAAUAUUUAUAAGACACAAACGCUACAAUAUUUUAAACUCUGGAUGUUCUAAUUCUAGGUAUCACAACUACCCUGAUUUUUUGCCGUACUCCACCAGGAUUGGGAAGAAUUUUCAGUCAUGAAGAGCAAACAUUAAAAGUAGAAAAAUGUCAGUUUUAAGGAAAUUUUAGUUCAAAUAGUAAACACUGUAAUACUAUAUAUAUUAUAUACAUUUGUACAAUCAGUUUAAAAUAUCAAUCGAAACACACAAUUGACUGAUUUACAUUUCAAUAGUAGGGAGAUGUAGUUUUUUUGAUAAUAUUUUUAAACUUUUUAGUGGGAAAACUCAAGAAAUACCAGUCAAACAGAGGCAUGGAAUACUGUGUUUCCAUAGUUUACAAAGCUGACUUGCAAGACUUUCCUUCAAUACCACAAACCAAAUCCCACAAUAAAUGGCUACCAAAAUUCAUGUCUGGCUAGUAUCAAGGAAAUCACAAAGGAAGAAGGUUGGAUUUCUGCCACUUUUCCCAAAAUUUAAAACUCCACUUUAACUAUAUGAAAAUGUGAUUUUCAUUUUAGAGCUGAAGGGAUGUAGUAAUUUGAGAUUACUACUAUAUUUUUCACUGGGUCUCCUUAUCUGAGUCCCUACAUAUUUGCAUAUUACUUAUGUAUAAUUUUGCAUAUAAGAAUUUUUCCUUGUUUCUUUCAUUAUAUUAUAUGUAUAGUGUAGGCUAUUGUGACACUAGGUGAAGUUGUUUCUUUUUUUUUAUGUAUUUAAGCAUAGAAGUUAGAUUUAUGUUAUUGUGAUGCUUGUUAGUCAUUUCCAAGAACUUGUAUCAUAAUAGCUGCCCAUAAUAAAAGCAAUAAAACUAUAAAGACCUGGGAAGAACCGCUUUUAGUACCCAAACGUGUGUCUUUCUAAAGGACUUGUUAGAUUCAUUAGUGCUGCAUAGAGCGGUGCUCUCUAGUCUAAGUAGUAUUUAUAUGAGUACUAACACUUAUACAUUUUAUACUUAAUUUAUUAUUUUAUUAAAAUGACUCACUUGGCUACACAAAUCUCAAUAAAUAAAAGUCACUAAUAAUUUCAAGUGUUCCUUUAUUUACUUCAAACCUUUUUUUGUAUCUAUUUUCGUAUCUCAUAACAAAAGCAAUACUGAAAACCAAGAUGAAAAUCUAGUUCAAUAGAAAAAGAUCAAAAAAAAUGUUCCUUCUUAGUUUAUUACCAGACAUUAAAACUAUGGCAGAUAAACAAAUGAAAAUGUUUAUAAAAAAAAAAAAUGUGUGGAUACGUUUGAUUAUACUCUAACUGAAAAUCCGGCAUCAUAACAUAAAUUACCAAUAAUCAUUUCAAAUCCUCCUUGUUCUCAGGCUAGGGUCACAUUACCUUAGUAGUAUAUUGAUGGGUUGCAAAUUGUUAUUAACUCAAGCAUGAGGGGGGAAGAGAAUUCAACCCUCUAGUAAAUACAACUAUCAACAAAAUGUAUUUUUAAAUGUAAAUACUCAUUACUACUAAUUAGAUUUUACAUCAAAAUGAUGUACAUCUAUAAUGUCUAUAACAAAGUGGAUUAAUUAUUUUCAUCAAUAUAAUAAAUUUACAUUGAUAGCUACUUGUGUUUAGAUUUUUUUUAAGACAAUUCUACUCAUCAACUUUUUUAUUCUAUAAUUCAUCUUUUUAAACUCAAAAAACUUGUAAAUAUUAGGUACCUAUAUAAAUCUAUUUUAUUGUUGUAGGUAUAUUUUAACAUUUAAGAUUCAUUAGCAGAUGCUACAAAAAAAAGCUAAUCUAGCUAUUUACACUUCAAAUUUGUCAGAUGUAAAUGAAAAGACAAUAAAAGCGAAAAACCAUAUAAAUGAAAAGAAAAGUAAUUAGUUUUUCAAACAAUUCAUCUAAACAACCAGGAAAAUAAUUUUUUUAGUAUACCUACCUAUGGAACAAAUCUAGUUACUGGUAAAUGCAAAUUUUUUAAUUUUUUUUUACCAUAAUAUGUAUAUUGCCGAGUUAAAAACAAUGAUGAAAUCAGGAUUGAGCCGACUCACUUAAUAUAAUAUAUAUAUUUAUAUAAUAUACAUUUUUUUUCUAGUUGUCUUAUUAUAUUAUAUUUAACUUUAACUACCUAAUUAAUUAAAUUUUAUAAGAUGUACCAAUAACGUUUAUUUAGUUCAAUUUAAAAUGAUUGAAUACUUGUAUGUCUUUUUUUUUAAAGUAUGUACAGAUUUAUCAACAAAUCCGCUUACAAAUUUUAGCAAGUUUCUUUUCAGUUUAUAAGACCCCAUAAUUGAGAUAUUAUUUUUGAAAAAUGUGUGAAAUAAUCACAUUGCAUUUAUAUUUAUUUUGGAUUUUAAAUGAAAAUACACCACUGGUAGUGGAACGGUUGGGUGUUAUCAUAUAUAAUUACACUGGCUUUUGAAGUCUCCAUGCACCAUUGCUAUCAUGAAAAACAAUAAUAUUGAAAUAAGAACAAUUGCAUGGAUACCCUCGUCUAUUUAUAUACGAACAUAAUAUUAUUUAUAAAUUAUAAAUAUCUUACUGUAAUAAUAGCUUGGGUUUUAAGUUUCAAAUCAGCGGAUAAUAAAAUUAUUACAUCAGUCGCCAUGGUGAUGACCGUUUGUAUGAAAAUAACAUAGAAACACUGCUGACCAAUUAUUUAGGUACACUGUUUGUAUACCUAUUUGUUUAAUUAACUGUUGUUUCGUGGAAAAGGUAACGAGGACCUGAUAACAGUAAACAUCAUUACAGUAUAUUUAUUAAGUACCACUGAUCAAAACCAGCACUGGUUUCAUCUUUCAAGUUAUUAAUGGCUUAAUAAUUUGUAUACAUUCGAUUCCAUAAUAAUCUCAGUGAAUAGAUUAUUAAACGAAACUGAAAAAAGCUUUCUCUUUAUGUGUCAUACCUAGUAGAUUUUUUAAUUCUAUUAAAUAAAUUUCUGCCUAAAUUAGUAAAAAAAAAACUGUUGAAAAUAUCAGCAACCAAAAGUGGUUCAUUACAAAUAUUUAUAACUAUAUCAUUUAUCUUUAUAUUCUUAAUAUCAUUAAUUUUAGCGUUUUUCAUAUCCAUAAUCUCAUUACAUUCCAAGUAUGUUUUGGUUUAAACAUAAAUUAAAGGGUAUCUACUAUAUUAAAUUUAUUUUACAAAUAAUUUGUUUUUGCAAUUCUUAAAAUUACUGUGAAUUUAUUUUUAUAUUUUUCAUAAUAAGAGACUAACUUGAAAUUAUUUUGAUGUUUAAUAACUUAUAAGAGUAGUUCUUGUUUAUGGUAUAACUAUAUAAAUAACAAAAAGUAGCCCAGCUGUUUUCCACUGUAUUAGUUUGUUUUUUGAAUUUAUCACUUUAAUGAUGUUGAUAAAUUUACAAAUUUCAUUACUUUAUCAAAGACAAUAUUAGCACAAAUGUUAAUGCCAUAACAACUGAACAAAUAAACUCAACUCAUAAUUCAUUUUUAAAGAUUUUGUUUAAUACAAUCGGUUCUUUACUUUAAAUUUCAAAUGAUAGAAUUGUGGUAGUCAGUUAUGUUUGUAGAACACCUUCCUAAUAAAAGUAUACACUACUUUUUAUUUCUAAAGAAUAUAUAAUCCAAACAAGACUGUCUCAUAUCUAAUAGAAUUAUUGUAUAGACAUUAAUGAAAGACUUGAAAACAUUUUCUGAUAGAAUACCCAUUUAAAUAUUGAUUAUCAGCAUUAUCAUUUGAAAUUAUACUAGGUACUUAAAGUCUUCAAAAAUUCAAUUUUAUACUUUUACAAGUAUAAGAUAAGUAAUCAAUAAUAGUUAAUUUAUUUUAUGUACCUAUAUUAUGUUAUACCUAAUAUAUAUUAUGUAGAAGUAAUUAACUAAUUAGUUUGUACAUUUUUUAACUUAAGUAGAUUUAACAACAAUUUGUAUUUUUUAAUAAUAAUAGGUGUUAUAUUAUAAGUAUUGAUUUAUUUAUAAUUUAAGUGUACAUAUAGUUUAUUAAGACAAAUUAGAACUCUUCCUGACAUUUUUUUUUUUUUGUUUGUUUAUAUAGAUACAAGUAUAAGUUGAUUUCAUGA